GCGCAGCUAAACUAAAGAACCGCCAUUUUGUAACAUCGACAUUAUCGUUCGUGUGUUCAGGCGACAAGCAUUUUGUAAUCACAUUCUAUAAUAUAAUAAUAUACAGCGUCGUUUUUACAUUUAAAGGACAGCUAUUUAAUUUACAGUAUGCACGUGUGAAUAAAUUAAAAUAUAUAUUACAUAUAAAUAUAUUAAACAUCAUCAUUUUUAGAGUUAGUUUGGAUAAUUAGGCAGCAGUGGAUGUGUUUUUCUGAUAUUUAAGCUGAUUUACACAACAUGACCACAAUAAUGUUGGAGUGCACUUAUGAAGAUCGAAUUUACUGAAUUUACUGCAAAUCGAUUACGUAUUUUUUCGUUUCGCAAUUGAAAAUAAAAUUUUAAUUGAACAAACCCUGCGAAAUAAUUAUAAGCGACGUUGUUUUACUGCACCGGUAUCCAGAGUCCAGAUAUUUGUCUCUCAAGUUCCUGUUAAGAUAUCAAAUAAUCGUGUUUAUGUGUGCGUAUCUGUAAUUAGUCACACAUAAGCUGAAAAAUGAGCGUUAUUAUCAGGCUGCAAAAUCUGGCGUGGUCUGCGAAUGCACUGGACAUUCGUCAAUUCUUCCGCGGGCUCAGCAUUCCCGAAGGCGGCGUUCACAUUGUCGGCGGCGAAUUGGGCGAUGCUUUUAUUGCGUUCAGCACCGACGAAGAUGCGCGUCAAGCGAUGAUGCACGACGGCGGCAAAAUAAAGGAAAUGAAGAUAAAAUUACUCUUGAGUUCUCGAACAGAAAUGCAGAAAGUAAUCGAGACCGCUCGCCAGCAGACUCUGUCCUUGCAGUCGUUCAUGCAGAACCCAGUCCCAGUCCCAGGAGUCCCAGUAAUGAACCAGCACAUGCAGCCUCAGCACCAGCUCCAAAUCAAGCCUCCCCAGGAAGUCAAAAAAGAGGAAGACUCCAAGGACCGAAAAGACCGCCGCGACCGCUCCAGAUCCCGAGACCGGUCUCGUUCCCGCGACAGAGACCGCGGAAGGGACCGCAACCGGGAUCGCCGUCGCCGCGAUCGUUCCCGGUCCCGUGACCGCGAUCGCGACCGGCGAGACCGCGGAAGCAGGCGUCGCAGAGACAACUCAAGAUCGCGGGACCGCACCAGGUCCCGCGAUCGUGACCGCGACCGCGACAGCAAGCGCUACAGCGACCGCAGGAACAAGGACUCCCAGCAGGACAAUGACGACACCAGCGACGUCGUCUGCGUGGGCCAGUUCUCCAAGGACAAGGCCAUGCUUGGAAAAAACUCCAAGAGACAACACCCGACCAUCGAGAACGGCAUCUGGGAAGUUCCUCCCCAGACCCAGAUGCAGAUGAUGAUCGCGCCUGGAAUUCUCGGCGCUGGAAUUGCCGCGAUUCCUCAUCAAGAUUCCGAGUCCCGGGCUCUGGGAUUCCCCGCUGUUCCCGGAGUUUGUCCGCCUCCGCUCAUGCCCGGACAGUUUCCUCUUAACAAUGGUCUCAAUCUGAACGCGCCUGGCAUUAAUAAUUCUAAUAUUGCUGCGAUUAAUCGCGAAAGACACUCUUGGCCAGGAAAUCCUUCGCCUGGAGGCAACGAAUUGCCUCGUAUUAAUGAACUGAGAUUCCCGCCACGUCCGCCGGGUAAUUUUGGCUCUGAAAAUUUCAGUAACAGUAGUAAUAAUACUGCUAAUAAUCCUAAUAAUCCUAAUACUAAUAAUAACAAUAAUUCUAAUCCUAGUUCUAAUAAUAACCCUAGGGACUAUAAUAAUAGCAAUAAUUAUAGAAAUAACCUUAGAAAUAACAGCACCAACCAUUCCUUGAUGACCAAAAUGCAGGAACUAGACGGACGGCGUAACCCCCACGCCUUUCAGUCUUCUAACUACAGCGACUCCUACCCCUCGGAACGCGAUCGUUCCAACCCUGGGAACAAUGGAAGAUUUGACGGCAAAGGGGGGAACUGCAUUGAAGUAAGAAACAUGCCGCUAAACGCGUCUUACAGCGACAUCCGUCACGCGUUCCAGGGUAUUUUUAUCCGAAAAGACGGGCUCAAGCUGAUAAACGACACUCAUGGGAACAGAGUCGGCAUAGCUUAUAUAAAGUUUAGCAAGCCGGAGGGCAAAGAGCUAGCGAUGAACACUCCGAGGUUCAUAAGAGGCUCUGAAGUGGAGAUCUGCUCGCUUGAUGAGAGUAUUUUUGACAAGGCCGUCGACUCUUACAACCCCGAGCGCGACGGGCCUAGUAAUAACAGCAGUAGUAAUAAUUUGAUUAAUAGUAGUAAUAUUAGUAUUAACAAUAACAGUAAUAGCAGUGUUGAAGACUUACCACCAGAUACUCAAAACUCCUCGUGUGUUUUUAUAAACGAGUUGCCGUCCUUCGCCAAAGAAAUGGACAUCGCUAAAAUGUUCCAAGACUGGAAGAUAAAUGACCUGUUUAUAACUUCUUCCGCGGCGUUGUUGUCCCCGUCGGCAAAGAGUGAUUCUGUCCAGGUUGGAGCCUUCGUACAGUUCUCUAGAGUCGAGGACGCUAAAGCUGCGCUGGCUUCGUCGCUUAAAAUCGGGCCGAUUCCCAUCACUGCGAUUAGUAUUCCAGAGGAUAAGUUUGUCAAGGCGAAGAGAAUCCACGAGCAAGAAACUCUUAGUAAUAAUAGCUCUAAUACAGACAGCGGCAACACUCCGGAUUGUAUUAUCAUUCGAGGGCUUCCGUUCCAGACCGGAGACCGGGAUAUCUUGGAUUUCUUCUCGGACAUUGGAAUAGUUCCCCGGAGGAUCCAUAUGAUGGUGAAUAAGCACGGGACACCUAUGGGCGAGUGCUUCUGCGAGUUUGACGCGCCCGAGGAGGCGAUUAGAGCCCUAGCUAAAAAUGGUCUUCCCAUGGGGAAGAGUUUCCCGACUGUGGAGUUGGUUUCAAGACACAAGAUGCUGGACACCUUGGGGAACCCCGAGUCUUCUGGCGCGUCGGGACAGUGGAUGGACCCUCAGCAGAAUUUCCCUUUUAGCAUGCAUGACUCCGGGUCUAGACCAAGGGGACCCCAGAUGAUGAACUACCACUCGCCCAGAUUUAAUAAUGGCUUCGGUAUGCGAGGGCUUCCUCCUCCUCCACCUCCUCCUCCCGGGAUCAUCAACAUGUCGCUCAGACCUCUUGUUCCUGGACUCACCAGCGGCUCCGGGUCUAAUUCCGGGAACAGUUCCGGGAACAGGCUACCGGCCAUGGACUAUGUUGAAGGUUUCGGAAAACCUGGAUGUGUUCUCAGCUUGGAGAAUGUCCCUUUCAAAGCGGAUAUCAAUGAGAUUAUUGAAUUCUUCGGAGACUUUGAUAUUAAACGCGAGCAUGUCAUCAGGCGCUACAACGAACGCGGAAUGCCCACUGGAGACGCCAGGGUCGCUUUUUCUUCACCCAGUGAAGCUCAACGCGCUCUUAGAGAAUUGAGGAAUUGCAAAGUUCGCGAUAGGACUAUCUACAUGAAGCUGGCGUAAAAUAAUUAAUUUAAUUUAUUUCUUUGCCAAUUUUUUUAUUUUUUUGAUUAAGAAUUUUAUUUUUAAGAUAGAUUUAGUCAUAGGAUAAAAAAUCCAGUUAUAGACACUGGCCUAGUUGUUUGACACUUGCAAUUUUAUUCUAAUUACAAAAAUUAAAUGGGUGGGGAGCAUCUCUACAGAGAAUUUAUCUACAUUUUAUAAUCCCUCAGGAGAAAUUUUUAUUUUAAAAAACUCU